AUUAUUUACGGGGCGACCGCGACCCUUUUAAUGUCUUGAAUCUAAUAAAAUAAUUAAUUAUACCCACAAAAUCAUGGCUAACGAAACGCCAGAAAGUGAUUUCUCAAUAGAAUGCUUCCAAAACUACACGGCGCCAGAAGUCUUUGUGCAAGGACUAGCGGGGAUGGUUGACCAAACAGAUGUGGAAACUAUCAUCAGAGCACAGAAGAAUAUGCUUCAACGCUUCGAGAAGACAACGGAAAUGCUGACAAACUGUAACCAGCUGUCAGCGAGCCGGCUGCGCGCUGCCUCCACUGAGUUCAGGAAGCAUACUCAACUGUUGCUGGAUAUGCGGAAGGAUCUGGAGUUUAUAUUUAAGAAGAUACGGGCUAUUAAGACUAAGCUGAGCACACAAUACCCAGAAGCUUACAAAGCGGCCGUGAACGCGUCGCUAACAAACAAAAAACCCAUAGACGAAGAUGAAUUCAAAGAAGAAUCGCACACAGAAUCCAAAAUGGUGGCCACAGUAUCCACGGAAACCUUGAAACCGACUGUUAGUGAAGAUAAGAAGAAAAAGGAGGUGAAGAUUAAAACUCCUAAGGAAGAGGUUAAGAAGGUUAAGAGUAGCAGUUCUAGUGAUACGGAGAGUGCCAGUUCGGGUGAUGACAGUAGUACGGAUACGGGAUGAGAUUAGUUAUA